CCAACUCGUUGCUUCCCAAUGGAUUAUCUGAAAACAAUAGUUCCUUCUCAAUUUCUUGCUGAACGUGGCUCCAAUCUUGUUGUCAUCAAUCCAGGUUCUGCAAAUAUAAGAAUAGGAUUAGCUCGACAAGACGCCCCGUUGAACGUCCCUCAUUGUAUUGCUAGAAGAACCACUGGUGCCAAUCAAUUCCCUAAGAAAAAUGUUCUAGACCAGGGACUUAAUUCUCAGGUUACCACAGCGCAACACAUGGAACGUGAGAAAGCAUAUGAUAUUAUUGCAUCCCUGUUGAAAAUUCCAUUCUUGGAUGAAGAGGUUACAAACAAUGCAUUCCCCAGAAAGAUGGGUCGUAUCGAUGUAUACCCUCCUCAAACUAACAAGAAAGAGACAGCCUUCAGUUGGACUGAUGUAUAUGAGAAGACAAUUCCAUCGUCUGCAUCUGAAUUCUAUUUUGAUGUAACAGAAGACCCACUGAGAAAUGACCAAAAUGAUGAGUCCUCUGUUGAGAAGGAAGGUCACGAUUAUAGAGAGAACAAUUCAAGUGAACCAAGAUAUAGGGAGUGCAUUUUUGGUGAGGAAGCUCUGAGAAUAUCUCCAACUGAACCAUAUUGCUUACGGCGUCCUAUCCGCAGGGGUCAUCUUAACAUCUCUCAAUAUUAUCCUAUGCAGCAGGUAUUAGAAGACUUGCAUGUAAUUUGGGAUUGGAUUUUGACUGAGAAACUUCAUAUCCCCUUGAGUGAAAGGACUAUGUUCUCUGCUAUUCUUGUUCUUCCUGAGACAUUUGACAAUCGUGAAGUAAAGGAGAUGCUGUCUAUUGUCUUAAGAGAUCUGCACUUCAGCUCAGCGGUAGUUCACCAGGAAGGUCUUGCUGCAGCUUUUGGAAAUGGUAUGUCAACAGCGUGCAUCAUAAAUCUGGGUGCCCAGGUGACAUCAGUAAUAUGUGUUGAGGAUGGAGCAGUCCUACCUACAACACAGAUGACAUUGAGAUAUGGUGGAGAGGAUAUAUCAAGAUGCUUGCUUUGGACACAAAGGCAUCAUCAAACAUGGCCACCAGUUCGUACAGAUGCCCUGACAAAGCCUGUAGAUUUGUUGAUGUUGAACAGGCUUAGAGAGUCGCAUUGCUCGAUUAGAGAAGGAGAACUUGAAACUGUUGCAGUUGUUCAUUCUUAUGAAGAUGGCAUGCCACCUGGGUCUCAUAAGACGAGGCUGACUGCUUUGAAUGUUCCACCAAUGGGUUUGUUCUACCCAAUGCUUUUGGUUCCAGAUGUUUAUCCUCCACCACCCCGUACAUGGUUCAAGGAUUAUGAUGAUAUGUUGGAAGAUACAUGGCAUACUGAGGGCUUUUUCCCCAGCGGUGCUUCUGCAUUCCCAAUGUGGGAGAGCUACCCAAUUUUUCAGGCAAGGCCAAAGAAAGAGGACAAUAUUGGUCUUGCAGAAGCUAUUACAAAAAGCAUUCUCUCAACAGGGCGUAUAGACCUGCAGAGGAAAUUGUUUUGUAGCAUGCAACUGAUUGGUGGAGUGGCUUUGAUUGAUGGGCUCAUUCCUGCCAUGGAGGAGAGGGUGUUACAUGCGAUUCCCCCAAAUGAAGCCAUUGAUACUGUGGAGGUUUUGCAAUCAAGGACAAAUCCAACCUUUGUUGCAUGGAAGGGUGGAGCAAUACUUGGUGUACUUGAUUUCAGCCGAGAUGCCUGGAUACAUCGGGAAGACUGGAUUCGAAGUGGGAUUCACAUUGGUAGUGGCAGAAAAUACAAGGACUCUUAUUUCCUCCAGGCACAAGCAAUGUGUUACAUAAAUUCCUGAAACAUGGUUUACGUCAUGCUGUAAAUGGAACUUUGAUUUGCUAGAAAGACUAACGCUUGAAGCUGCGAGUAUCAAGACUUGUGAAAGUACUGAGUAAAUUGUGGAAGUUUUGCUGACAAACAAACGUUCAAAGUGAAAUUUGGUUGGUUAAAGAACGUAGCUGUUGUUAUCAUCAGAAGCGUGAAACCCUUUGUCCUGAGGAGAUGGAGGCAGUCUACUCCGUGCAGCACUUGCCUUACUAAUGACCUAACACACUAGCGCCAUUUUUAGCAGUAGACAGCUUGGAAUUUGGACUUAUUUGUAAAGCUGGGUAAUAUCCCUCUUAAAUCUUCUCCUUACCUUCCCUGAAAUCUUCCUCAGAACUUCUGAAUCUUAUUGGCAGAGAUUGGUAGAGUGGUAAACCACUUGUUAUGAAAUGGAGUUUCUAUUUACUCAGAUAGCAAAGAUAUGCUACGGUGUUUAGCUUGCUACUUUU